GAGAGCACUACUACAAGGCAAAGCGAAGCGAAGGCAAUGGCUUCUGCUGCGUCCAAGUCCAAGUCCGCGGCCGUCUUGGUCCUCCUCGUCUCCCUUGCCGGCGUGGCCACCACCGUGGACGCCAGGUUCAGGGCCAUGCAGUGGACUCCCGCCCACGCCACGUUCUAUGGCGACGAGGCUACGGCCGAGACGAUGGGCGGGGCGUGCGGGUACGAUAUCACGGCGGGGUACGGCGCGGACACGGCGGCGCUGAGCUCGACGCUGUUCCUGGACGGCUACGGGUGCGGGACGUGCUACCAGAUCCGGUGCGUGAAAGCCACGGCCUGCUACAGGGGCUCGCCGGUGCUCACGGUGACCGCGACCAACCUGUGCCCGCCCAACUGGGCGCAGGACACCAACAACGGCGGCUGGUGCAACCCGCCGCGCACCCACUUCGACCUCGCCAUCCCGGCCUUCAAGAAGAUGGCCGACUGGCAUGCGGGCAUCGUCCCCGUCAUGUACCGCAGGGUGCCGUGCAUGCGCAAGGGCGGGAUCCGGUUCGCGUUCCAGGGGAACCCGCACUGGCUGCUGGUGUACGUCACCAACGUCGGCGGCGCCGGCGACGUCGGGGAGAUGUGGGUGAAGGGCAGCGGCGGCAUGGUGUGGCUGCGCAUGAGCCACAACUGGGGCGCAUCGUACCAGGCGUUCGGGCAGCUCGGCGGCCAGGCGCUCAGCUUCAAGCUCACCUCCUACACCACCGGGCUGACCAUCGUCGCCGCCGACGCCGCGCCGGCGAGCUGGAGCAUCGGGCUCACGUACCAGGCUCGCGCCAACUUCAAAUAGGAGUCGAAGCGAAGGUCUGAGGCACAGCACAAGAAGCAGGAGCUGUGACACUGACAAUGCUCUCCGGUGCUCUGCUGGGAUAAUCGUUGCCCUCUACCGUUUUCGUUGCGUCGUUCCUUAUUUUCAGUUCUCUCUAGGACCACUCUCGC